CUCCUAUAUGUAAGAGGAAAAAUAAAUGUAUGUAGCAUAUUUGUGAAGAAGACAAUGCAACCCUUCAGAAAUUUCCAAAUAAACCUUGUUGCUGCCAACAAUCUCGAAAAUGUCCGAAGAUUUGGCGAGAUGAAAGUGUACGCCAAGGUUUCUCUCAACGAAGAAACAGGCACCACCAAGAAAACCAACGUGGACACGGUUGGAGGCCUAAAUCCACGUUGGAAUUUCCCGGUGGGUUACACGAUCAGCGAGUCGGCUUUCACGGGACAACAAGGAGCGGUACAGGUGGUUGUGAAGCUCUACUGCGACCGAACACUUGGUGACAAGUGUUUGGGCGAAGUACGAAUACCAAUCGAGAGUGUUUUCGACUUUUGGGUUAGGGGUGUGUAUGAAAUGAGCUACUGGGUGGCAGGGACUCGAUAUGGGAGUCUCGACAUUAGCUACAGCUUUGGAGAUGUGUUUUACUUUAUGGAACAAAUGGAUCGGAGGCAGCAGUCGGCUUGGGAGAGAGCGCUCCGGCUUGGUUUGGUGGUGGCUCGCCAAGGAAUAUUGUUUUUCUCAACCGGUGGUAUCGAUUUCGGGUUUUAGCUCGCUCUCCUUUUCUCACUACUAAAAAAUUGGCUUAUUAUCACACCUCAAACUGUGAACAUGAAUUCUUGUGUUUUGUCAUUUUUUGAGAUUACUAGGGCUUUUUCCCCUUGUGCUGAUAGAUUCAAAGGAUCAAGCGAUACAUAUUAAGGUGUUCUGUGUGAGUUCUUGAUGGCUGGGACUUCGUGUUCUACCUAUUAAUACCGUUUUCUUUACUGUGUUCUCUAUAUCUUGUGUAGAUCUAUAGUUAUCUGUUGUUUUAGGUUUGAUCUAUAUACUCUUGUUGUAACUUGUAAUCUGUGUAUCCAAUCUGUUUCUUGUGAGGUUUGAUCGCCUCAUUUGGUUGUGAUCA